AUGGCUUCAGUCGUCCUCGUUGGCGCCACGGGGCUUGUGGGGUCCCACAUCCUGAAGACACUUCAGGCUGUAGAUGGCGUUAGCAAAAUUGCCACAUUCAGUCGCAAGCCUCUCCCCAGCGAGACCAAGAUCAACAACCCGAUCGUCUCUCCGGACAGCUCAUCAUGGCCUCAGCAAUUUCCAGCUAACAACGAUCUCUUCAUCUCCGCGCUGGGAACAACUCGUGCCGCAGCUGGCGGUUUCGAGAACCAACGUAAGAUCGAUUAUGACCUCAACGUUGCACUCGCACAGGAAGCGGCGAAGGGAACGAAGGUUUAUGUACUCAUAUCCUCUUCCGGAGCAAACUCGCAGAGCAUGGUUGGGUAUCCCAAAAUGAAAGGCGAGCUGGAAGAUGCUGUUGCAAGUAUGGGGUUCAAGCGUGUCAUUAUACUCCGACCAGGAUUGAUCGUCGGGGCUCGGGACGACACUCGGAUAGUAGAGGCAGCGUUCAGAAAGCUAGCUGGCGCCAUGGGCGCUGUCAGCAACAAAUUGAAGGACUUCUGGGCCCAAGACGACGAGGUCAUUGCGAGAGCUGCUGUUAGGGCGGGGCUUGAAGCGCUGAAAGAUGUCGAUGGAAAGGAGAAGGUGACGAUUCUCGGACAGGCUGAUGUCGUUAGGCUGGGCCGGACAGAAUGGGAUCUUUGA